CUUCUGACUAACCUUCAAUGGCGGCCAAAACCACAAAAUCUGCGCAUGUAUGAAGCGGUUCGGAAUUUUGUCUAUGGAAGGAGUUGGAAGUGCUCUUCGGAGUGUUAUUUCUCGAGUAAAAGAGGCAACAGCAAAGCGGUCGAGUGUAAGGGUCGUGUUUAAUGUUCAGUGUAAUAUCAGAAAAUUAGCCAUUUGAGGGAAAACUUAUGUUUAAUUGAAUUCAAAUGACUUUCUCUUCUCAGGAGCUUCCUAAAACAGCUCCUCGUCUGGUUGCAGUCAGCAAGUUAAAGUCAUUAGACUAUGUUAUUGAAGCUUAUGACAAUGGACAACGACAUUUCGGCGAAAACUACGUGAGUGGAUUUAGGAGGUUUAAUUUAUGGCUGGGGGGUGGGGGUGGGGGUGGGUUAGGCCUGGUUACGUUAUAUUUAAUAACAAUCACUCGUCAAAUUUCGUUGAGCCUAGGGAGAAUUAAUGUCUUGAUGGUUGUUUGCCAAAUUGAAAACUAAUACUUCAGUAUUAUUAAUAGCCACCUUGCUCAGAGUGAUCUCAGACAAAUGUUACAUAAUCAUCAACCAAUAAAGCAAUAGCAUUUCUUGAGUCAGCUGAGCAAUUUUACCAAUAUAUAACAUUGAUCAGGCUUACUCAACAUUUUAUUUGGUAUAAAAAUUUCGCAUACCUUUUGAAACUCAGCUAUUCAAAUUAGUUGUGCAAGUGCAUCACCUUUGCAAUAUUUGGAUGUUCAGAAUUAGAAUUGCUUGGUAAUUACCUUAUUUAUUUUGUAACCUAACUUAUUAAGGAAGUGACCUUAGUACCCAAGAAAAUGGCAAGAGAGACAUGUCCAUAUUUCAUGCUUCUUCCUACUCUUUGCACUUUUAUUACUUCCUGCAAGCUUUUACGCCAAAACAUAGCACCUCAAUGAGUUUCUCAAAAAUGUUUAAUUUUUCAAGAUGUUAUUUUCAUAGGUUAAAGAACUGAUAGAAAAGUCAAAAGAUGUAAAGGUAUCAUGCAAGUUUAUACUUGUUAUGGUUUACUUAGUGUUCUCCCUUAUUUUAAGCACAACAGGUCAACAGAAUUUCAAACUAGUAAAGUAAUUUUUUUACCUGGUGAUUUUUCAAGAAUUCGAAGCAAUUUAAGGCAGUAAUAAGAGUUACUAGAGGCAGCAAAUUUUACCUGUUACUACCUGUAGAGGAGAAAUUGUUAAUUUUCCUAUCUAUAACCAAUAUCUCCAUCUGUUUUUACCUUUGGUACAUACUUCUGGUAGUAUCACUGCUAUGGUAUUUGUAACAUUUGGUAUUCUUUUCUAGGCAUAGGACAAUUAUGCUAGUCCUGGUCAUAUGGUGUUAAGGGGAAUCUGAAAUGUUUUCAGUGAAGUCUGACUUGGAACCAUUGAUGUAUUUUACACAGAGUUACAAUGAUUUACACAAUGAUAAACAAACCCUUUCAUAAAUCAUCUCACAAAAUGACUUUCUUAUUUUCCCUUCAUGUGUAUAACAGAUUCAGCCACUUAAUGACAUAAGAUGGCAUUUUAUUGGCCAUUUGCAGAGUAACAAGUGCAAUAACCUUGUUGGUAAGGAUUGAAAUAUUUUCCAACUAUUUUAGUGUUACUGCAAAUGGUCUGAAGCUGGGGGAUCAUUUGAUCUUCUAGUUGGAUAAAAACUGACUAAUUACGACUGACUUACUCUGCUUGAAACUUAUAGCCAAUAACUUCGAGGUUAAACUGACCAAUCAGUUUACACAAACCAGAUUUAUAACACUCAACUGACAACAACUCCUCACUUGACGCUGAUGGUUACAACAAGUUUUCAAAGUAUCAGUCACCACUAACAGUGACAGUGUUUCUUAACACUACCCUCAUCCUGAUGUUCAGACUACACGAUCAUAUCUUAAAGUUUAUUAAUGUUCUGAAUAUUCACUUUUGGGAAACAAUUGCCAUGAUUAUCUACAUUGGCUCUAGUUGUUGUCCAUUUACUGUAUAUUAUUAUCAACCUUUUCACUUCCGAGAUCUUAUUAUGACAUGAAUCUCAUUAUAACAUGAAUAUCAUAAUAUUAUAGUUACCAAUAUUUCAUUAACAUGUAAUUCUCCUCAUUAUCUGUUGUGCAUGUGUAUUUUCUAUGUUGUUAACUUUUAGUAUUUAAUCAGUUUGUGUCCCCUAGUUGAGAUGUGUUCUUUGUUUUCAUCACCAGUCAGCAUGAUGUGUAUUGAUAUUGUAUGGAGAAUUUUAUUUAUCUGUUCAUCCUGGGAUUAAAAGACUUGCAUGAAGUCAAUUCAAACUAUUUAUUGGGACCAUUUUGGCUUUCUCUAAUAUAGGAGCGCCAAACCUUUUCAUGGUGGAGACUGUGGACAGUGUGAAGCUUGCCAAUUCUCUUAAUGUUUCCUGGGGAAAACUAAACAAACCCAGUCCUCUUAAUGUUAUGGUACAAGUUAACACAAGCAAAGAAGAAAGUAAGUGCUACUGUUUCUCAGCCUAAGAUGAAGAUCAAUUGUUGUGUUUCUACUUGCAAGUUUGCAAACUCAGUACUACUCACUAACACUUUUAAGAAGCCAAGCUAGUUAGAUAUUUAAUGUAUAUUUAAUGUUCAAACUUUUGAAUUUAGCAGGCAGUAUAGUGAAAUAAAUGGGCCAAUCAUUGUGAACAUUCUUACUGAGAGAUAUGAUAGUUAUGUUUAUCUCCACUGGUGUAGUAUAUAACGAAAACUUAUUGGCUGAAAAAGUACGCCAACAAUUAAAAAAAUGAAAACUUAAGGAUGGCAUUUUACAUUUGCCCUGUUAUGAAAUGGCAGUACAGUUGAAUAAUAUGGUAACUUCUCUUCAGGUAAGAGUGGAUGUCUACGUGAUCAAUGUGCAGAACUUGUGGAACACAUUAUCACCCACUGUGCGCAUUUAAAGUUUUCAGGACUAAUGACCAUUGGGGAAAUGAAUCAUGACUGGAGUCAAGGUCCCAAUCCUGAUUUCACUGUAAGCAGAUUGUGAAACUGUCUUUCUUUUAUUUUUAUUGAUCAAUAAGUGAGAAAGGGUGCAAAACAUGUACUGGUUAAUGUAAUGGGGCAUUUUUGUUUGUUUGUUUGUUUUUUUUUUUUUCCUCGAUGAAAUGUAUUACAACAUACAUAACAAUUUUGUUUGAUGCAAUAAACACAUUUUUCUCUGUUGAUGCAAUAAUUGUGAGAUGUAGAAAUGGAGUCUACUUUAAUCAAUGAUACAACAUUGUAAAACAACAUGCAACACAUAAUUGUUAGGAAAGUUACACCAGAUAAUUGGGUGAACAGUUUUUUGUCCAUAAAGUGUUGAAAUAAAACUGGUUAUAACCCUACCUUCAAUCUAAACACAAUGAGGCCUCAAUAUCCUUGUUUAAUGAUUAAGCUGGCUGUACUAAACAAGUUCUUAGAUCAAUAGUAUGACUGGUCAAGCUCUUAAGGUGGAGUUCUAAAUAGUCCUGUAGAUUGAAAUUACAGAGGAUAACUGAAUGCAGUUAUAAUGCAUAAUUAUAAGAAUAACCAAAUAGAGUUAUGUUGCAUGCUCAAGGUAAGUCUCCUUAACUUCAGUAUAUUGAUUUCUUUUCAGACUUUGGUUGACUGUCGCAAGGAUAUUUGUGAGAAACUAAGUCUUAGCCUUGAGAAUGUUGAAUUGAGUAUGGGAAUGUCAAGUGAUUUUGAGGAAGCUGUAAGUGAAGGCAUAUUUUAUCUCAUCUAGCAUGAGAUGUUUAUUGCGUCAUGAUUCAUUGGUUAACCCUUAACAUGCUUAACACCUUAACAUCAGUAUGCAUAUUCUCCAUACUGUUUUCAAUACAUUUCCCAUGGUGCAGACAAGGGAUUUUGUUUAACAUUCAAUUAGAGCUUCUUUAGUUGUUGAUGAUAUCCUUUAUUCUUGUGAUCUUUGUUUGAUUCAGGGGUGAUACUGUGAGGAGAAAUUAGAUGCUAGGCACUCUUAUGGGUUAGAGGGUUAAAUUGAAGUGGUUUCCUUAUGUAAACUUUCUCUUUUAAUUUGUCAGAUUUUAAUGGGAAGUACAAAUGUUCGAGUGGGUAGUACCAUAUUUGGUGCAAGGCAACCCAAACAGGCAAGCAAUGUUUCUUCAAUGCAGGGAAGCACUCAGCUUACCUCACAGGAGGCAAAUUUAUCUGAUGCAUCACAACAGAAUGUUACCAAGGAUGGCUUACCAAACCUGGCCGCAUUGAACACAGACAAUUCAACUGAUAGAGAUUCACACACUGCACUCAACAGUACUACAUAACAACACCACCGUUUUCAUCUUUUUUGAUCUUCUUCAACCUUGAACAUUAGACGAGUUUCCCUCAAUUGGAAGAUCGAUAUUUUGUUGAGAUAUUUAAAAAAUGUUUGAAUCGGAAGCAAACUCAGUGGUUGGAGGUGAAUUCUUCCUGUGUUCGUGUCAACAUUCAAUAUCUAUAUCCUGAUGUUGAAAUUCUGUGAGAAGAAAAUUCCAAAUUCAAUUUGUAGCACAGAUUGAUUCCUUAACAUUUGCUUAUAUUAAACUUGAAGCUAUACUAGCUUAUAUAAUACUGAAGACAUAUCAUCAUGAGUAACUUAUUUAAGAAUUGCCAUGAAAAGGAGGUCGAAGGGACUUACUUAUUUUUAUGUUGACUUUGCCUUCUAUGUGUACGUAUAAAGAUGGGGAAAUGGGUUUUAGCUGGUUAUAAGAAAUUCAUUUUCAACUACUUGCCGACCUUUUCUUGCCACUAAUGGUUUCGAUGCCGGUUUAAAAAUGGGAGAAAGAAGUUUUAAGUUUUUGUCUCGUUAUAUUAACGUAUUUUCGCCGAAGCACUGAGAAAAGUAAAAUUAUAACUAUACACGGCUUUCAGUGGUUUGUUAAUAAAUGAUUACGGAGUC